AUGGCACGAACAAAUAUCCUCGCACCCCUCGCCCUCCUCCUCCUCGCCGGCUCUCUAGUUCUGCUUUGGUUCGUCAUUCUCUCCGGCUUGACUCACACCACGCCGUUGCGCCAAACCUACUUCCUCCGCGCCGACACCUCCAACAUUCAGGGCGCCCGCCCCAUCUCGCAAUGGACCUACUUCCGCGUCUGCGGCGACGACAACACAAAUUGCGGACCCUCGCGCCCCGCGCUCCCACUGGGCGACGCCUGGUACAGCAACGCUCGCGGCGUUCCCUCCGACCUGAUCGGCGGCUACGGCAACGGCACGACAAGCCACUAUUACUGGUACAUGUGGCGCUUCGGAUGGAUUUUUUUCCUGCUGGCGCUGUUCUUUGAGGUCGUGGCCUUCUUUGCCGGCUUCCUCGCCCUGUGCAGCAGGCUCGGCUCGGCGUUCACGGGCCUCAUUUCGCUCGUCGCGUGGAUCCUCCUGACAAUCGCCGUGUCGCUGAUGACUGCUACCUUCGUCAACAUGCGCAACGUCUUUGCGCGCGACAACCGCGAGGCCUCGCUGGGCAGGUAUGCCUUCGGCUUUAGUUGGGGCGCCUGGGCGGCGCUGCUUGCCAGCACAAUCCUCUUCUGCCUGGCCAGGCACAAGCGCAGGGACACCACUGCCGGUGCCCCUGUCGCGCCGGCUGCUGCCCCCCGACGGCGCUGGGCUAGGCCGUGGAGGCGGAGCACUUACGGCGGGCGCCGGGUCAAAGGCGAGUAUGCGUGA